UUUAAAUAGCAGGUGUGAGAAAACCGUGUCCCUGCAUAUACACCCGUCAGACACACCACCAUCAUCAUAAUCAUCGCCAUCAUGUCCACCGCCAGCGCAGAGACCACCGCACCGUCUCGGGUCUUCUUCCAGCCCGGCGUGGGAUGCGCGGGUUCCGGCCCGAUGCAACGGGAUGACCCGGUGCAGAAAAAGCAGGGCAAAGUGACGGUGAAAUACGACCGAAAGGAGCUGCGGAAAAGACUCAUCCUGGAGGAAUGGAUCAUUGAGCAACUGAGCGAACUUUAUGACUGCGAGGAAGAGGAAAUGCCGGAGGUGGAGAUCGACAUCGAUGAUCUCCUGGAGGUGAACAGUGAAGACGAGAGAGCCGUCAAACUACAGGAAUCGCUGUCAGACUGCUACAAGCCUACUGAUGACUUUGUGCGUGAGCUGCUCGGCAGGAUAAGAGGAAUGAGAAAACUCAGCGCCCCGCAAAAGAAAAGCUUCUAAGUGCUCACAAAUGCCAGCGACAAUCCAGCUACCUGGACUCCAUGUCCCACAAUCCAUCACUCAGCCUACAGCCAACCUCAUCCAUAUCCCAGGAUUCAUUUCAGGCCAGGAAUCAAUAAUACCAGAGUUCAAUUUCCAAGGACUCAUAUCCCACAAUGCAACAUCUAAACAGAGCGAUCCGUUUCCCAAUGAUCCCACAAUAAAUCCAAGAGUGCAAAAGUUAACCCGGCACACUCAGGGCUAUACAGGCCCAAUCAUUACACUGUUUGGUGCAGUAUUACAGCUAUUUUUAUGAAACCACAAGCUGUUUUAAUAAGUAUGAUUUACAUAUUUAUUUUUAGUUAAAGUCUGUUUUUUUUCUUGGGAGGCUGAUAUUGUUUUUUUUCUUUAGAUUUUUUUCCACAUCUGAUUCUGGAUCAGCAGUGAUGGUCAAUAUUCAUUAGCAGCUGUCCUGUUAAAUUCAUCAAUUUGAAGCAUGGCGUAAUACUUAUGAUCAUAACCUACUUUUAAGUCAUAUAACUGAUCACACUACAUAUCACUACCUGUUUUUAGUAAAACUUUCAAGAAUGGUUAACCGUUCUGGUGAAAAUAACUACUUUCAUAAAGUGGAUGUGAUUAAAAAUACAUUAAAAGUUGAGAGUGAUUUUGGGAUGUAUUGCCAGAAAGUCAAGGAAUAAGGCUAUAUUGAGAAUUAAACACUAGUGACUGUUCAAGUAUACACUGAACUUUAUAUUAUAGAGGGUUGAGUGCAUUCAAUUGUGGAUUAUAGUUUUCUGAAUUGCAUAUUUUGGCAAAUGCAAUGUAGCAUACAUGUUGUAUACUUCUGAAUUAGCAUUUAAGCGUAGUAUUCCAGUAUGCUAUUCUGAACAUAGCCUGAGAUAUGAAUGCUUUUAAAAGAUAACAAAGGGCUGCAUGACCGUGGAUCAAGUGCAAUUUCACAGAAAAGCAUAACUGUUUGGCGCAUAUAUAGGGAAAAUUCGGAAAACAAUAUUACUAAAAUACUAACAUUUUUCAAAAAAAAAGACAUGCCCAAAAGCUUGGGGCAUGAUCAAAUCAUACUAAAAUGUAUUGAUUAGAUAUAAAUUUAGAGCCAUGGCCAAAAAAAUGAGAAAUGGAUUCUGUGAUUUUCCAAAUGCAUUGCUCUUCUUUCUUUUCUGAGUUAAGUUUUUAACAGCAGAUGGCGCUGUGUGCUUGACGAACAGCCAUACUCUGUGUGUGCUUGACGAACAGCCAUACUCUGUUUGAUAGUAACGGCUGCUUUAGUAGAACUGCCCUAUGAAGCUUUAAACCUUUAAGAAAUUUUAUUUUUUUGGUUUGAAUCAGUGGUUUGGACAGCAAAUAAAAAUAAAAUUGAUUAAACAUGGUUUCGUUACAUUAUAACUAUCGAAACGUUUAGAAAAUAUGAUGGUUCUCCAAUAGGGUGGCCAGUGGAUAUGUGUAAUACCAUCAAAUCAUAAUAAUAAUAUAAAAUCAACAUCAAUCAUGCAGGAUCCCUCAGAUCGCCCCCAGUGGCCAAUGACUGAACAGGUUUCAUUGGUUUUACUUGAUCUCGAAUCAGUUUUACUAGUUGGUGGAUGUUUUAGUGAGGCAUUCAUAAAAUGAAAAAGAAUAAUACUAGUUAAUAGUCUCUUGUUGGCCUGUUUAGCAGAGCCCACCAUGGAACAAACAAUAGAUAAGCAUUGGAAAUGUAUAAAGAAAUGGACAAUAUGCAGAUAUUUAAUGACAUAUUAUAAUACGAUAAGUGCAUUUGUCAUUUGUACUGUCAAUUUAAAGUUCGCAAUAUGUUGUCUAAUAUCUAGUAUGUUGUGUUUUGAAAGCUUCCAAACAGUGAAAUGGCUUAGUUUCUCCCAUCAAUAUGGCUUUGCGUUCAAUUCUACCACUUGAACCUAAAAUAAUCACGAAUAAAGUUAGUAAAGGUUUAAGCGAAUUACAAGAGCGUUCAUAGUGAGCAGUGUUUACAUGAAUCCCAUGACAUAAAAAGACAACUUACAUGAUUCGGUUGAACGCCAUCUUCUGAGAAAAAAAGACCUAGAGCAGAGUCUGCAUCAUUUAGCGCCAUACAGCGCCAUUUACUGUUAAAAUCUAGCCUAGAGCGUGGUCUACUGUAAAAAAUUUGUUUAGAGCGCCAUCUACUGCUGAAAACUAUCCUAGAAUGCAGUCUACUGUUAAAAACUAGCCAAGAGCGCAAUUAAAAACUAGCCUAGAGCACCAUCUACUGUUAAACUAGCCUAGAGCGCAGUUAAAAAUUAGGUUAGAGCGCCAUCUACUGUUAAAAACUAACCUAGAGCGCAGUUAAAAACUAGUCUAGAGUGCCAUCUAAUGUUAAGAACUAGCCUAGAGCGCACUCUACUGUUAAAAACUAAUCUAGAGCGCCAUCUACUGCUAAAAACUAUCCUAGAGCGCAGUCUACUGUUAAAACUAGCCUAGAGUGCAGUUAAAACUAGCCUAGAGCGCCAUGUACUGUUAAAUUAGCCUAGAGCGCAGUUAAAAACUAGGUUAGAGCACCAUCUACUGUUGAAAACUAGCCUAGAGCGCAGUUAAAAACUAGUCUAGAGUGCCAUCUACUGUUAAGAACUAGCCUUGAGCGCAGUCUACUGUUAAAAACUAGUCUAGAGCGCCAUCUACUGCUGAAAACUAUCAUAGAGCCCAGUCUACUGUUAAAAACUAGCCUAGAGCGCAGUUAAAACUAGCCUAGCACGCCAUCUACUGUUAAACUAGCCUAGAGCGUAGUUAAAAACUAGCCUAGAGUACAAUCUACUGUUAAACUAGCCUAGAGCACAGUUAAAAACUGGGAUAGAGCGCCAUCUACUGUUGAAAACUAGCUUAGAGCGCAGUUAAAAACUAGUCUAGAGUGCCAUCUACUGUUAAGAACUAGCCUUGAGCGCAGUCUACUGAUAAAAACUAAUCUAGAGCACCAUCUACUGCUAAAAACUAUCAUAGGGCGCAGUCUACUGUUAAAAACUAGUCUAGAGUGCAGUUAAAAACUAGCCUAAAGCGCCAUCUACUGUUAAACUAGCCUAGAGCGCAGUUAAAACCUAGGUUAGAGCGCCAUCUACUGUUUAAAACUAAUCUAGAGCGCCAUCUACUGCUAAAAACUAUCCUAGAGCGCAGUCUACUGUUAAACUAGCCUAGAGCGCAGUUAAAACCUAGGUUAGAGCGCCAUCUACUGUUUAAAACUAAUCUAGAGCCCCUUCUACUGCUAAAAACUAUCCUAGAGCGCAGUCUACUGUUAAACUAGCCUAGAGUGCAGUUAAAAACUAGGUUAGAGCACCAUCUACUGUUAAAAACUAGUCUAGAGCGCAGUUAAAAACUAGCCUAGAGCGCCAUCUACUGUUAAACUAGCCUAGAGCGGAGUCAAAAACUAGGUUAGAGCGCCAUCAACUGUUAAAAACUAGCCUAGAGCGCCAUCUACUGUUAAAAACGAGCCUAAAGCACAGUUAAAAACUAGCCUAGAGCGCCAUCAACUGUUAAAAAAAGCCAAAAAUGCCAUCUGCUGUUAAAAUUCAGCCAUCUGCUGUCAAAAACUAAGUUCAAUAGUAAUUAAGUAGAGAAUAGUGAUGCAUUUAGAAAAUAUCGUAAUCGAUUUCUCAAACAAUUUUUUUGUGCCACAGCUUUAUACAAAUUAGCCACUAAAGUAAAAUAGCUAUGCAUUUCCGUGAAGUUGCGUUGGUAGAUCUUCUCGACAGACAUGCUGUGUCUAACGAUAGCUGGACGACGUAUCUAGUUUGACUCGAGCCAUGACUGAAACCUCCUAAUAUGUUAGGCUUUUAUCCGGUUUCAAACUGAGCCUGCCAAAGAAUAGAAAAUGGCUGAAUAUUAGCAUUAAGUGCUACGGGUGUAAACUGAUACAUGUAUAUUCUGUUUUACUAUAAAGAACAUUUAAUCUUCAAGUCAUACUCAUGGGUCAGAUUUGUGUUUGAUGGUGUACGUGGUGUAACAAGGAAUCCAGGGGAAAACUAUGGUGCUGUUUAAAACCUUUAACCCAAUAUAGAGUGUGUUUUGCAGGCCGAGAGAAAGGAUAACUCGAGAUUCGCUCUGGAUGAAUCUACUAUUUUUAUGAGUUUCUGUCGGCCUGCAUCUAACUACCAUUGUGGGUUUUAAAAAGGUUUGCGUGUGUUUGAGUAUGCUUCGACCCUUCUCUCUGAGAAGACCAUUCAGGGUUUAGGCUCAUUUAUUUAAUUUUGUUUCUAAAAUGUAGAGAUUUUGAGCGUUCGAAAGCUUUAUUUAUGCAUGUUUUAUUGGCAUGAUGGGAACAUUAUGGAUUGCUUUCUUAAAGCGAUGAUUUGUCUUUUUUAUACAUUAUUACAAGUAUUACUCUUUAACUAUUAAAGUCACGACUUUUUAUUCACUGUAUAUCUGCGUUUUUGGGUGUUUUGAAUUUCUUUUGUUUUUUAUUAUAUAUGUAAAGUGUGGUCUUUUGUGCUGUUCUACUUAUAAUAAAGGCAAAAUGU